AUGGAGCUAGAAAUUGACUCAAAGCUUGCGGUGGAUUUUGGGUAUUGUGACAAGCGAAGGCAGAGUGAAAUUGAAUAUAUAGAAAAGCUAUUCAAUGGCAGGGGUGAGUCAAACAAAUCUAUAGAAAAGCUGGCCGAGCAAUUGACUUUCACCACAGCUGGAUUAAAAUCCAGCGGCUCGAGAUCGCAAGAAGCUCCUAACUGCAAGUCUUAUGCUUCUAGAAACUCAAGCAGAUUCGAUAGCAAUGCAGUGACGUAA